AUGAAAUUAUCAAUUAUUUUACUUUUUGUGGCUUGUAUAGCCUUGGCUUCGGCUGCAAAUUUAAAACAAGGAAGGAAAGCUAAAAGAUCGGGUAAUUUGGUGAUGAAAAAAUCACCAAGAGGUUCUGAAAAUAAUAUUUUUAACACUGGUUUUGUGAAGGAUUCCAUCGAUUUCGGAGCAAAGACUUUAAUUCGUGCCAUAAAUUUAGCAGAACCCUUAGUUCGUGAUAGUUUUGACCUAGGAAAAGAUGUAACCCUACGUCUGAUCCGAGGAGCACCAAUUGACCAACAUGGAAGAGCUUCUGAUUCUGAACUUUUUGAAAGAUUGGAUGAACUUGUCCAGAAUAUAGGAAAAGCUUUUGAAGCCCUAUUUGAUAAUUCUGAAACAAAUGCGAGGAAAGGACCUCCAACGGAGGCUAGGGUUCCAUACUAAUAAUAAUAGUAAAGGACUAAGUGGUGAGAAAAAAUUUUUUUGAGGGGCAAAAUGGAGGAGAAGGAUGUUGUGAAUUUUGAUUGAUCUCAAAUAAUAAAAAAAUGCAAUAAAUAGUAACUUAUGCACUUUUUGUGUAUUUAUAAUUAAUGCAAAGCAAAAGAUAUGUA